AUAACUUGGGGCCAUUCGCAUUUGACGACAAACUCAAUGGAUUUUCUCGACAAAUUUUGCGUUUUUAGAAGUUAAAGCCGUCGUCACCCUCUAGCCUGAAGAGAAGCCCAAAUAUCAACAAAUCAUCAUGCCGCUACAGUUUCAACCAACAUCCAUCCAGGUCCAGGUAUCAACAUUCAACCAAACUUUCAACCAUCAGCAUUACUAACAUUGGCAACAAAAAUUAGUUCCCCAUUGUGAUUGAUUUGGCAGUCGAUCGCUGUACGUGACUUUGCGUGCGCCUACCUACCCCACUCCACCCCAUUCCACGCCACUCCACCCCACUCCACCCCACUGGCAGCGAUGUCGGAUAGCGGCGGCGACGACGAAGAGCGAGGCCCGCGUUAUGUCAAGCGCCAAAAGAUCGUGCACUACGGUUCGUUGGCGGAAGGUGGACACGACUUGAGGGCGGGUCCACCGGACGGCGAUUCCCCCGGCGAUCACUCCGACCAUUCCGACAAUGAAGGGGGGCAAUCCAAUAUCGAGGUCUCCAAGGAGUAUUUACCGCUCAAUCAGGACGACAUUCGCGGUGAAAAGGAUGACAUUUUGGAGGAAUUCGAGCGUCGGAAACGAGCCCGACUCAUCCACGUGAGCACAGACGAUGCCCAAGUCAAGAAAGAUCUGCGGGCUUUGGGUCAACCCAUCUGCUUCUUUGGUGAAGGUCCGGCUGAACGACGCAAUCGCCUCCGAGACCUUCUAUCUCAAUUGGGCGAGGAUGCCAUUCAAAAGCGGAAAGAGGCCGAGGAGGCGAGGGCCAAAGAGCAGCGCAAACAGGAUGAAACCACCUGGUACCACGAGGGGCCCGCUGCCCUGAAAGCGGCGCGCCAGGUCCUGGCCCAUUUUUCCCUGCCGCGCGCCCAAGCCCGCAUUGGGCGACAGAAGCAAGAUAUUGAGACUCCCGAGUCCGCGCGCAUGGCCCGCAAUCAGGAAGUCCAAAAGAUGCUCAAGGGCUUGGAUCUGGAGGCGUCACAGAUUGCCGACACGCGGCCCAUUUCGUGGUGCGAGUUCAGUCCCGACUCGCAGCUGUUAGCCACCGGGUCGUGGUCCGGGUUGUGCAAGCUGUGGUCGGUGCCCGACUGUCAAGAGGUGCUCACACUCAGGGGCCAUAAUGACCAUGUGGGCAAUGUCGUGUUCAAUCCCAAGGCCACCAUCGAUCUGCCCAAGUCCGGGCCCAAUUUGGCUUCAUGCGAUUCCACCGGCCACGUGAAUGUGUGGAGCAUGGAAUCCAGCCAACCCCUCAUGGCUUUACCUAACCUUGAAUCCCGGGUGUCCCGGGUCGCCUUUCAUCCUAUGGGCUUACAUUUGGCCGCGUGUGUAUAUGACAACUCGUGGCGAAUGUUUGAUUUGGAAUCCCAAGAGGAAAUUCUCCACCAGGAAGGCCACAGCAAAGCGGUUCAUUGA